CGCCAGCGAUCUCUCUCUCCCUCUUUCUCUUCAUAUGAAUGCCUAAAUAUCUACAGUAUAAAAAGUAAAGUACAAUCCCUCAGCCUGGUAACUGAGCCUGCACUAUCCCUCUUCCUCGCUGGAAAUAAGAAAAGAGAGGGAGGCGUAUCAUACUGAGGAACCUCCAAUGAGGGACCUUUUUGAUACGGAUGUCCUUUCUACAAAGGAUCCUUUUUAACCCCAUGCUAAUACGUUAGUGUAUCAUUUGACCUCCGAGAUAGGGACGACCUCUCUACAAGGGACGCUUGUUUCAACCCCAUGCUAAUACUUUAGUGUAUUAUUUGACCUCUGAGAUGGGGACGACCUCUCUACAAAGGACGCUUGUUUCAACCCCAUGCUAAUACUUUAGUGUAUUAUUUGACCUCUGAGAUGGGGACGACCUCUCUACAAGGGACAAAAUCGUUGGUCCCAUAGUGUCCCUUGUUCGGAGGGUUCCACUGUAUCCCAAACUAUUUUGCACCCUCUCUCUUGUUCUCAUCCCCCCCUCUCCCCCUUCAGGUGACGUUUCACACGAUGAACACCAGUGCCCUCAACGCUGAGGAGCUGAGGAGAGAGAAUGGUAUAGUGGCACUCCAGGCAGCCUUCUCCCGGUGUGUCGAUGUCCUCUCUGCUUCCAGUACUCCUAAAGACAUGGCUGUUCAGGUCUGUACCCACAUCUGUCGAUGUUUCAGAGUCUCAGCUCAGUUUGAAACCUGUCGAGUGGCCAUCACUGAGGUUCCCGUCAUUCUCAAAGACAUCUGCAGAAUUCUCUACUACAAGCACCUGACAAGACUAAACUGCGUGACGGUCCAGACCUGCUCUGCCUUCUGUGUUGACCAGUGGCUCCAGACUCAACUCCUCCAUGCCGGCCUCCUCUGGCACAUCCUCCAGUUCGUCUUCAACUAUGACUACACUCUGGACGAGGGAGGGGUGGAGAGCAGCGAUCAGAGCAAUCAACAAGAGGUGGCCAAUAACCUUGCCAGACUCAGCAUCACCUGCACUGCUAGACUGGCUGGGAUCAUUGUGGUCGGAACUGAAGACCAAACUCCAGACAACCCAAAUGUCACUAAGGUCAUCCGCUCCCUCUUCACUCCCUUCAUCAUCAAGACCAUGACCAGGGUCACCACUAACGAGCUGCUGAAGACCCUCAACUGCAACGUGGAGAAUCCGUACCUGAUCUGGGACAACAGGACGAGGGCGGAGCUCACCAAGUACCUGGAGGAGCAGCAGCAGUCCAUCAUUAGAACUGGGGAGUGUGACCCAUCGUUUGGAGAGGACUUCAGGUACUCAUGUCCUCUCAGAGGAACUGGUGGUGGGAGAGAUAUAUGUCAGGGUCUACAACGAACAGCCCACCUUCGUCCUUGAGGAUGCCAAGGGCUUCGCAUCAGAUCUUCUCAACUUUAUAGAGACCAAUGCUCAGUAUCUCCACUCCCUGAUUCAGAUGUCAUCAGACAUUGACACCUCCUCUCAGAGCCAGAGACUCCAGCAUGUGGAGAUGACUCUGCAGGCCCUCUACCACGUCAUCCACGGCAAUGCAGGGGUCGAGAUGCAGUGUCUGGGACAUUUCAAACUCCUCUUCUCUCUCCUCAGUAUCCAGGGAGCUGCCAAACUCCAGAGACUGGCUCUACAGGCCAUAUCAACGGUGACAGGGAACAAGAAAUGUGUGGAGAAUAUCGCAGAAGCCAACGUCCUCCAGUUUGUACUGCUAGUCCUCCACAUGCUACCCUCCUCUCAAGAGCUGGUGUUGGAGGUGCUACAGGCUCUGAUGUCUGACACUAAGAUUGUGAAAGAGAGCAUCCUCAAAGGUGCCCUGAUAUACCUGCUAGACCUGUUCUGCAACUCGCAAAACCCGACUGUCCGGGAGGAGACGGCUGCCCUGUUUGCCAAGAUGAUCACCGACAAGCUGGUGGGUCCAAAGGUCAGGAUCGUCCUCAUGAAGUUCCUGCCUGUCAUCUUCAUGGACGCCAUGAGGGACAGCCCCGAGGCCAGCGUCCACAUGUUUGAGAACUCUCAGGAGAACCCAGAGCUGAUCUGGAACGAUGAGGCCAGAGAGAAGGUGUCCCAGGAGGUGGCCCAGAUGACUGAGGAAUUCUUCCAGAAGCAGAAGCAGGAUCCAGACAUUCUAUGGAAGCUACCAGAGGAUUUCCAGGUGGUGUACACGCAGGUUCAGGGAGAGGUCGCUGUGGGCGGAGUCUUCCUCCGACUGUUUAUCUCCCAACCAACCUGGGUACUACGGAAACCAAAAGAGUUCCUCAUUGCUCUCCUGGAGAAGUUUGGACAACUAACUCAGUCCUCUAAUCCCGAUGGAGAGAUCCUGGAGACAGUGACGACGGCGUGUGUGUGUCUGUUUGCCCACCAGACCACGCUGGCCGACCAGGUGCCUCCUCUGGGCCACAUUCCCAGGAUCCUCGGUCGCAUGAAGGCCACCAAUAACAUCAUCCCUCGCUCCUGUGCCUUGGUCAUCCACGUCCUGGCUGAUAGUGAUGUGUGUGUUCGUACGAUGGCCAAGUGUGACGCAAUCACUCCGCUGAUGGCUGCGAUGAGGAGGAGAGGUGACAUCAUUCACACAUGUGCCGAGACCAUCAAGAAACUUUUUGAACUCUGCCCUGCUGAACUGGUCGUCCAGGCCAUCAAUGCAGACCUGAUUCCAUACCUCCUGGAGCUACUGAAACGGGACCUGAUAGACUGCGACAAGCCGUCGGCCACCAAGGCCAUUAUUGCAGAGAGCCUCAAACUCAUGGCCAAAGACCUCGCCAAUGGAGAGAAAAUUCUGGAGAUGUUGAACGGCUCUCCGGUGUGGUCAGCCUACAAAGACCAGAAACACGACCUCUUUAUCUCCAGCACCCCGGUAGCCGGCUACCUCACAGGUCCCACUACUGGUAUAGCUGGCUACCUGACGGCUGGCUCCACCUCUGCCCCGCCCCCUUCUGCCCCGCCCCCUCUCACAUCCGAGCCACCGGAAGACACGACUGACUAGUGAUUAAACUGCUCCUCUGCUAGUUUUUUGAAUUUGAAAUAGAUUUUUGUACCCAAACAUCUUUAUCUGUUCCUUUCUCCACCGUGAAGUGACCCACAUCUAUUGUACAUUAAUUUUCCUGCACACUUCUUCCAAUGAUGAUUGUAUUAUAGCUUCUUUUAUGUAUGGUAUGGAAAAACUUCCUGUGGUAAUUAUUUAUUGUGCUCUUGUUGUGCUAAGCAUUGUAUUUUGAGGUGGUUCUCAUUAUUAUUCUAAAAGGAAAACCAGUUAUGCAUUCAUCACAGUAGAUGUUGUUGACUCUUCUUGGGUCCUAAUAGUCUGUUUAUUUUGAGAUUGACACCCCUGCCUAUGUAAGGGAAUCUGUACUAAGUGCAUGAGAA